AUGGUUCUCUGGGCUAAGCUUUGGAGAGAGGAGCAGGCAGUGUUUUCCUUCCAGAGAGAGUCGCAGAGCCGAGGAGCGGACAGCCUGCACAGGUUCUCCUCGCUUCCCACUUACCUCCCCGCGAGCUUCCGCCUCGAGAGCGCAGAGCAGGCCUUCUUCCUUAAGGAGGCCAACCAGGACCUCACGAGGAACUCCAGUCUGCAGACCCGGGCCGAGGCCUUCUUCAUCUACCGCACCAGGACCCCCCCCCUCGUCAACGCCAGCUACGGCCCCUUUGCAGUGGACAAGACCAUCCCCCAGGAGCUCCUGUUGACCUCCACACCCUUUGGCAAGUUGGAGAAGUUUCCUUUCAACUGGAAGCUGAAAUCCCACAUCCUUGACAGCUCCAUCUACUCCAACAGACCCAAAGUGCAGACCUUGUUUUACAUCACAGGAAUGGACUGGGACACUGGCAACCCUGUGGACAGCCUGCCCUGUGUCAAGAUGUUUGCCUUUCCCGAGGCCAGGGAAGUGGCGGCCAGCUGCCGGCUGCAGGGGGACCCGGGGCUGUGCGUGGCUGAGCUGCAGCUGCUACCCGAGUGGUUCAGCUCUGGCCUGGACCUGGAGCCUGAGGAGGAGGUGCCGGCCCUGCUGGGCGGCACCGCCAUGGAGCUCUUCUUCACGGUGUACCCGGCUGACGAGGCUGGAGAGUGCCCCCUGGAGGAGGAUAGGAAGUGGGAGAACAACAUCCACGCGGGCCAGGAGGGCCCCCAGCCGGCACUCCCCGCCCGGGAGAGGAUUGGGAGCGUCGUGGUCUACCCAACCCAGGACGACCUGAGGUGGUCCCUGGUGAGCCUGGAUGAGAACGUAGUCAUCUCGGUGCCUCUGAACCUUGUCCGCGAAGGGGACACAGCCACCUUCCUAGUGUCUCUGACCAGUGGGUCUAUGGCAGAGCAGUUCACUCUCAGAAUUAAAGCGGCAGCAGGAGUGAAGGUCACAGCAGUGAGAGUCAGCAGUGAGGACCAGUGGGCCGUCCAGGAGGAGGUGGAAAAUGGCAGUGAGCAGACCUCGGCCACCCUCACCUGCAUGGGCCACCGCCCGGACACGCAGGGCAGGACCAAUGGCUCCUUCUAUGAGAUCUUGCAAGUGGACUUUGGAGUUGACAACAGUAGUGGCCUGGCUGGGGCCCAGCAGAUCACCUGGCAGGUGGAGUACCCGGUGGAGGACUCCAUGAGUGAGCUGGUCGUGUCUGAGAUCUUCGUCAGCCAGACCACCUUUGUGGGCAUCGUCCCUCUUGCGAUGGAGGCCGAGGUUUUGAACACGGCCAUUCUCACCGGAAACGCAGUGUCUGUUCCUGUCAGAGUCGUGGGCGUUGAAGAAGAUGGCUCCGUGGUGGACGUGUCGGACUCUGUGGAAUGCAAGUCGGCUGAUGAAGACGUCAUCAAGGUUUCCAACAACUGUGAUUCCAUUUUUGUGAAUGGGAAGGAGAUGAAGAGCAGAGUGGACACGAUUGUGAACUUCACCCACCAGCACUUCACCUCCCAGUUAGAAGUCACCGUAUGGGUGCCCAGACUCCCUCUGCAGAUUGAGAUCUCAGACACGGAACUGAGCCAGAUCAAGGGCUGGAGGAUCCCAGUGGCCCCCAACAGAAGACCCACCCGGGAGAGUGAGGAUGAGGAAGACGAGGAGAAGAGAGGCAGAGGGUGCUCUCUCCAGUACCAGCACGCCACGGUCCGGGUCCUGACCCAGUUUGUAGCCGAGUCUCCUGAGAUGGGUCAGCUGACCUACAUGCUGGGCCCCGACUGGCAGUUUGACAUCACGGAGCUGGUGACCAAUGUCAUGAAGGUGGAGGAGCCGAAAAUCGCAAAGUUGCAGGAUGGCAGGACCCUGGUGGGUCGGGAGCCAGGAAUAACCACUGUGCAGGUCCUCUCGCCUCUCUCUGACUCCAUCCUGGCGGAGAAGACAGUUAUCGUCCUAGAUGACCGUGUCACCAUUGCAGACCUAGGCAUACAGCUGGUGGCUGGCUUGUCCCUCUCCCUACAGCCUCACAGGGCAGACAGGAGAGCCAUCGUCUCAACAGUGGCUGCCCAGGAUGUCCUUCAAGCCCCACGGCAGGAAGCAAUAGUCAGUUCUUGGAUUUUAUUCAGUGAUGGUUCAGUGACACCUUUUGACAUUUAUGAUCCCAAGGAUUUUUCAGUUACUGUCUCAUCUUUGGAUGAAAUGGUGGUGUCUGUCCAACCAAACCUUCAGUCCAAGUGGCCAGUUGUAGUUGCAGAGGGUGAAGGGCAAGGACCCUUGAUUAAGUUAGAAAUGAUGAUAAGUGAACCUUGUCAGAAGACCAAGAGAAAGAGUAUUCUCGCCGUGGGGAAAGGAAACGUUAAAGUCAAAUUUGAAGCAAAUAUUGAUGAGCACCACGGAGGCACCAAUGACAUUGAGGGCAUAAAUCGGGAAUUUAAAGACCACCUCAGCAAUUCCAUAGAGCGGGAAGGAAACCAGGAGAGGGCAGUUCAGGAGUGGUUCCAGCAUGGCGUGUCUGUUGGCCAAGAGGAGGGUACCAACAAAAGCACAACCCCGCAGUCUCCCAGGGGAGGAAAGGAUAAGAAGUUACUCAAGAGCGGUGGUCCAGACGCCUUCACCAGCUUCCCCACUCGAGGGAAGUUCCCAGAACCCAACAAUCCCAGUGACCUCACAGUGACCUCCAGAGGGCUAACCGACCUGGAGAUCGGCAUGUAUGCCCUGCUCUGUGUCUUCUGUCUGGCCAUUUUGGUCUUCUUAAUCAACUGUGUGGCAUUUGCUUGGAAAUACAGGCACAAAAGGUUUGCUGUGAGCGAGCAAGGCAACAUCCCCCAUUCCCACGACUGGGUCUGGCUUGGGAAUGAAGUGGAACUUUUGGAGAACCCCGUUGACAUCACACUCCCGUCGGAGGAGUGCACGACCAUGAUAGACAGGGGGCUGCAGUUCGAGGAGAGGAACUUCCUUCUGAAUGGCAGCUCCCAGAAGACUUUCCACAGCCAACUCCUCAGACCUUCAGACUAUGUCUAUGAGAAAGAGCUGAAAAACGAAGCUAUCAGUUCUUCGGGCCCAAAGAGGAAGAGAGUCAAGUUUACUUCCUACACUACCAUUCUCCCGGAGGAUGGUGGCCCGUACACCAACUCCAUCCUGUUUGACAGUGAUGACAACAUUAAGUGGGUUUGCCAAGACAUGGGACUGGGGGACUCCCAGGAGUUUAGAGACUACAUGGAAAGGCUGCAAGACCAGUUGUGAACUCCUUUCUUAUGUUUGUAUUCACCUUAUGCCUUCUGUUUUCUGAGUGGUGGAGCAGUGAGGCUGAUCAGCAAUAGGGGUGAGGUAACCAAACUGAGUUUGUGG